AUGUUUCCUGAGAUGCUUAAAUUAGGAAUUUCUCAAGAACAUAAAAAGUUUAGAAUUCAAAUAGUUAAAGAAUUGAUUAAGGAAGCAACUCAAAACCCAUUAAAAAGAAAUACUCGUAAUGGAGAAAAUGGAGAGACAUCUGAAAAGAAAAAUGACAAUAAAAGAUUUCGUGUUUCUGACAUUUUUGAAUUACCAGCAACUAAAUUAAUUGGUAAUGAUCAUUUUCCUAAAUACCGCGAAGAAAGAAACUCCUGCUUGUGGUGCAGGUAUGAUUUAAAAAAAAAAAAUGCACCUAGGCCACAAAACCCUCCACAAAGUCAAAUUUGGUGUUCUAAAUGCAAUGUAGUAUUAUGUUGCAACAACAAACGUCCAAGUUGUUUUAAAAACUAUCAUUCUGUACAAGAAUAA